AUGUGUCCUGAAUGCUGCACAGGAUCAGCAAGCAGAGUGUUGACGGUUCAGACUGGAGGAUCACUCAUUAUUCCAUGUUAUUAUGACAGUAAAUACACUGAACACAAGAAAUACUGGUGCUUUGAUGCCAAGUCAGCAUUGAAUUACUGCAGUAUUCUGGCAUAUGCUAAUGAAACCAAAGAAAAAAUGUCGGUACUUGAUCAUCCAGAUCAGAGUUUCUUUACUGUGACUAUGAGAAACCUUCAGUAUGAAGACACUGGAGCUUAUUGGUGUGCUGUGGAGAUUGGAGGAAUAUUUGAACCAGAUGAGAAAGAGCAGCUUUAUCUGACAGUUCAAUCAGUUCCUGAUGUGUCUGUGGUGAGCAGCAGUGUAUCUGGACGUGAAGGUGGUGAUCUCAGUGUUCAGUGUUUCUACAGUUCUGAAUAUCAGAAUAAAGUCAAACAGUGGUGCAGAUAUAAAGAUCAGAGCUGUUACACAGUGGGGAGGACUAACACAUCCCAGAGUUCAUCAGUCCAGAUCAGUGAUGAUGGGAGAAGAUCCUUCACUGUGCUGAUGACUGGACUGAGACUGACUGAUUCUGGCUGGUACUUCUGCUCUGCUGGAGAUCAACAGGCCUUUGUUCAACUCACAGUCGCUGUUUCUGAUGUCCUUCUCAAGGAUCCACGUGUUCCUGUUUUGACUGUGACUGAACCAAAACAAGUAAUACAGAUUGAAUUGAUAAAAAGUUUGACUGGUUAUGACAAAAUUAUAAUAAAACAUUUUUUUUUCUGCAUUUUUCACCACUGCAAAUUAACGCAUAUAUGUCACUUUUCGUGAUGUAGGUUCAACUUUGCUUUUUGAGCCGGAAGAAUGAAAUGGCUCCAAAAAAUUUAAAAAAUAAGCACUUUUCCCUUAAUAAUAGACAUGUGUUAUUAUUGUUUUCACUGAUAUGCAACCUGUACAUAUAUGUUAACAUCUUAAAAAAUGUGUUUUAGCGUUUCAUCACACUUCAACAGCAGUUGCAAUCUCAGAAGAAUUUGACAGAAAUGGGCAUGAUGUGUAUCUGGAGGCGUGGAUUCCAGCGGUUGUGCUGCUGAUGGUGAUGGUGAUGGUGAUUGUCGUGUCAGCAGUUAUACUGAGAAAGAAGCAUA